AUGCCUCCGACCUCAGUAGAUGGGCUCACUCCACCCGAGCUAUUACAUUAUCUGCCUGCAUAUCGGGUAUUGAUCUGUCGACGUUGCAGCUACGCUAUCCAGCCUGGUGCAGUCGCUCGCCAUCUCAAGGAAAUCCACCAUCUUCAUCAUUUGUCGCGUCGAGCAUUCAUCGACUAUGCCUCUAGAUUUGAACUAACCCAAGCCGUUGAUGUUGUCUUGCCCGAUGAAACCCAGUUCCCAGUGCCUUUACUGCCCAUACAAAACGGGCUAGCUUGUUCCUUUGCCCGCUGCGCCCAUCUUUGUAUUACAACUAAGCGCAUGAAGCAACACUGGAUGACUGUUCACCACAUCGCAGCCUCUGAUAACGGACGUUUCUGGGACCCAGUGCCAUUGCAGAGCUUUUUCCGGGGAAAUGCCUUCCGCUACUUUACCAACCCAGCGUUGUUGAUGUCGUCGUCAUCAUCUGCCAAUUCCGAUGGGCUAACGAGUACUACUAUCACAACUCCGGCUUCAAGUUUGAAUCACGGAGAAUCAAUUUUCUCACAAAUGUUGAUCACAACCGACGCAGGAUUACUCGAUCAUUACGGGAACCAUACCUACAAAACCCUCUCAUGCGGCCCGGAGACAGAUGAUGCAUUUCGAAUCAUUAUUCCCCAGCUAGGAACGCAAUUUCCCUUCUUACUUCAUGGCAUCUUGUCCUGUGCCGCCCUCCACCUUGCUUUUAUCGACCCACCCAAUCGUGUAUAUUACACAAUCCAGUCAAUUCGGCACCAAAACCAGGCAGUUCCGGCAUUCCGAUGGGCAACUAUGCACGUGGACAGUAAUAAUAGCCAGGCGGUGCUGGCUUUUGCAUUCUUCCUCGUCGUCUACGCCCUAGGCUCUCAAUCCAACGACCAACCCUUGUUUCUUAGCAAUGAUGACAACCCAGAAGACGCGCCUUUAUCAAACUGGAUCGAGAUACUGCGCAACGGUUGCUCCAUGCUCUGUCCCGUCUGGACAGAACUCACUACUGGUCCCUUGGCACCCUUUACGACCCUUUGGCAAGAUGAUCUCGGCGUCACUACCAACCCCAACGACCCGCUACUAAUUACUCUACUCUCUAUCACACCAGAUCAUGAAUCGGAAUCUGCUGAAUGCUUUAUAUACCGCGAUUCGGCUGUUAAAUUGGCAAACGCUUUUUCAUUUAUCAAGAAUUGUGGACCGUCGCCGAGUAUUUGGGAUGCUCUUAAUUCAUGGCCAAUGCGUGUUUUGCCUGAUUACCUGGCUUUAUUGAAACAGAACAACCCUGGUGCUUUACUGCUAUUGUCAUACUAUGCUGUCCUUCUACAGCCACUUAGGGGAGAAUGGUUUCUGGAAGGUCGUGUCAUAAGAUUGGUAGAUGAAAUCGCACAACGAUUAAGGGGGAAUUGCUCGGCACAAAUCUGGGAGGUGUUUUCUAUGAUGCAGGAGGAAUAUUUUUUAUACUGA